AUGGGCUUCAUGACCUUGCUAGCCAGAAAAAUCAACUCUGACAAGAAUCAACCGCAACUACGGGCUCCGACAUAUGAGCGGAAUGUUUCGUCAAAGUCUCCCGUUCGAUAUGUGCGGACCGUGUCUCCCAAUGUCAGCUCGUCAAAUCUCAAUGGCAGCCAUGCGGCCUCUAGUCCAAGUUUGAGAGACACGAGGCCGCGUCAAUAUCCUUCAUCGCCGCUCUCUCAGACAUCGUUCUCCGUGGAUCGUGCAGCACCUGCUUCUGUUGUUUUGGGCUCCCGAAGCGACGAUAUCCCGAGUCGAACGGCCACGCCCAGGACGACUAUUCCAUCACAGUCACGCUCACACAGACCGCAGAGCUCGGUCUCCAGCAGCAAACUUGCAAGAUCAGUAAGAACCGACAACAGCCAGAAAGGUUACGUCGAUCUCCUGGAUGCACAGUCCGAGUUCAAGCCGACCGAUUUCCACACCCGUGUCAAGGCUACGGGAACAAGGGACUAUGGCGAGGACGUUGCAGACCGCAACAUCGGUGUCAACGGGUGCGAUCUAGACUCCCAGCCGGUCCAGGCCUUUUAUGCAGUCCGGCCGAAGAGUGCGUAUCGUAUUUCCAUGGUCGAUCGGCGCCGCCCUUUCUCUUCUUGGAAUCGCUCGGCCAAGUUCAACGAAAGCGACGAAGACAGUGCCUAUGGGCCCCAUAUCACGAAGGGAAGCUCCUUCAACUCAGCACUCUCGUACAAACCCAUAAAUGCUUCGCACCGGCCUGUCCUUGACCAUGGAAACUCUCCACCUCGGCUGUCUGCUGCGUCUCCGGAAAAGAAUCGCGCCUUGCAACGCCCAUCAUACGCAUCCUCUGCCAGCACGUACAGCACCCCGAGCCUCGCUGAUAUCGAAGCCUCCCUCCAAAGCCAGCGACUACUGAAUGGAAAAGUGAACGGCCUUGUGUCAGGAUGGGAGAGCGAGCAGGAUGAGGCUGAGGGCGGCCCCAGAUUUGGAGUCAACAACCAGCCCAUUCUCUCACCACAACCUACGUCGUUUCGACUUUCUGCGUCAUUGGCGAGCUCAGCUUUCACAGCAUCAAACAAGCGCCCGGCAACGGCGCACAGCAGCCACUCUGUCCGACGUUCACAGCAGCCAGCCCUUGAGUCCCACAACACCGCGCCAGAUCUGUCCAACCUGCCGCAUCACCUCAAGGAACAGGCGCGGAAUUUCAAGGAGGACUGGCACGAUGACUUGAUCAACCGUGAUUCAGCCCCAUCACCUUGUAAGUCACUGCAGAGGCACCUGUAG